CUCCCGUGCCCGCGGCGCCCUCGCAGGCCCCCCCACCACCACCCCCCCGCGCCCUCGCAGGCCUCCCGGGCCGCCGGAGCACCUCCGGGCAAGGCGGGGAUUGCAGGGAGGCUGCUGGGGGCGCUGGGGCGCGGGCGCAGGGAGACCGGCCGGGGCGGAGGGGGGCGGAGAGGUCCUGGAGUUGGAGAAACCGUUUCCAGGGGCACGGGGGUGGCUUGGAGGGACGCAAAGGCUGCAGCAAGGGAGGCCGACAGGUGGAGGAGCUUAUGCCCAGGGCCAGGCAGGUUUAAGAGGAAGGCUGAAAGGUCGGCUCCCCCACCAGAGGGCAGAGCGCUGGGGGGGGGGGGGGCUGUGGACAGCUGGAAGCUCCUAGAGGGAGCAGAGGAUGCAGGCCCAAGAGGAGCAGGCUGGUUCAAGGGCUAGGAGGCAGCAGAAGGGAACCCUCGGUGAUGGGUGCUGAUGGGUUCGAGGGGAGGAGGAGCUGCGGCCGGGAGUCAGGGAGGCCCCCAGGGUAGGAGGCCAGGGUCUCCUUUCCAAGCUUAGCUAAUUCCCUGGCCACAUGUGGGCUGCGGGUGGUAGGAUGAGGCGGCCGGCUUCACCUGUGGCCGGCACACCUGCCCACUCACCUUUAUGCUACUGGCCUCCCCAUUCUGGGCGGUUCACCUCCUUCUGGGCUCUUCUCUGCUCCCCCUGGCCUCUCCACUCAGGUGUCCCAAGGGCCCGGUCCUUGCCCUCUCAGGCACAGUCCACUCCAGUGGCUUCUGCUGGGACUAAUGGACCCUGCAUCAUGGAGGCUCUUUCUGAAGCAAAUGGCACCUUCGCCAUCCACCUUUUAAAGAUGCUGUGUCAAGACGACCCUUCACGCAACGUGUUUUACUCUCCUGUGAUCAUCUCCUCUGCCCUGGCCAUGGUCUACCUGGGGGCAAAAGGAAACACCGCUGCCCAGGUGGCCCAGGUGCUUUCAUUAAGCACAGAGAAAGACAUUCAUCAGAGUUUCCAGUCGCUUCUCACGGAAGUCAACAAACCUGGCACCCAGUACUUGCUCCGAACAGCCAACAGGCUCUUUGGAGAAAAGACUUGUGAAUUCCUCCCGACCUUUAAGGAAUCCUGUCUUCGGUUCUAUAAUGCUGAGCUGGAACAGCUUCCCUUUGCCAAAGCGGCAGAGCCGUCCAGGAAGCACAUCAACGCUUGGGUCUCAGAGAAGACUGAAGGUAAAAUUCAAGAGCUGUUGCCAGGUGGCUCAAUUGAUGCAAAGACCAAGCUGGUUCUUGUCAAUGCCAUCUACUUCAAAGGAAGGUGGAAUGAACAGUUCGACAAAAGGUACACAAGGGAAAUGCCUUUUAGAAUAAACCAGAAGGAGCAAAGGCCAGUGCAGAUGAUGUACCAGGAAGCCACGUUUAAGCUCGCAUACAUCGAAGAGCUGCAGACGCAGGUCCUGGAGCUGCCCUAUGUGGGCGACGAGCUGAGCAUGCUCAUUCUGCUCCCGGAUGACCACGUGGAGCUCAGCUCGGUGGAGAGCCGUCUGACUUGGGAGCGAUUCCGAGCGUGGACCGGGCCGGCGCGCAUGCGGAGCACCUACGUGGAGGUCUUCCUGCCCAGGCUGCAGCUGGGGGAGGAGUACGACCUGGCCGCGGUGCUUGGGCCUUUGGGGAUGGCCGAUGCCUUUCAGGGGGACAAGGCCGACUUCUCGGCGAUGUCGGCCCGCGGAGAUGUGUGUCUGUCCAGGUUUGUGCACAGGAGUGUGCUCGAGGUGGACGAGGAGGGCACGGCGGCGGCGGCGGCCAGCGCGGCCCUGGUGGUGGCCGAGUGCUGCCAGGAGUCCGGGCCCAGGUUCUGCGCCGACCACCCCUUCCUGUUCCUCAUUAGGCACAACGCAGCCGACACUAUUCUGUUCUGCGGCAGGUUUUCCUCCCCGUGAGGGCGAGCCCCUCUCUCUCCCCGUGACCCCUGUCCUGCCCCGCGCCUGUCCACACUCGACUGGCCCCAUCCUGGCCCCUCGUAGGCCCUACCCAGUGUAGGGCAGGGGACGAGAGACCUUAGUGAUUCCCUGGGGUGUUCAGAGCCCAAUCCUCAUCCCGGCGGAUGGGACGCAGAGCUUCCCCAGACUGGGUCCCCCUCCUUCCGUAGGUGAGUUACCUGUGACACUGAGUCCUGCCUCGGUCCUCAAAUCCUGCUGCAUACUUGCCUUAGCCUGUUUCCGUGGUGACAAGCGCUGCUAGCUCGGGCUACUGUUCUCCGUGGGCUGGUGCAUGGGCUUCGUAGAAAGUUUCCUUAAUGUACAUUUUUAUGUUAUCUUUGUUUACUAUCUAUGCAUCACCAGCUAGGUGGCAAACAGGGCCUGGGGCAUUGGAGACGAAAGGGCGGAGUCACGGCCUUUGGACACCUGGUCUUAAAUAAUCUUGCCAGAAUCAGGUAGCUUUUAGGACAGCCAGGUGGGACAAGGUAAUGUCCUUAAACUUAUCACCUGAUCCCCUUGUAGGGAUCAUACCUUUCUUCGCGUUCUUGUAUCUCUCCACCUCCAACUCUCACAAAAAUUUCGUUCAACUCUUAAAGCUCAUUUCCGAUGUCAUCUUCUCCAAGAAUAGUUUCCUUUUCUGCAUAAGCAGAUGUGCAUCUUUGAACCCAUGGAGGGAGGGCAUUUCUCUUAUGGCGUUUGCUUUAUUUAUUAAUCACCGUGUUCUCCAACUAGACCUUAAAUUCCUCAGGGCUUGGGAAGUGUAUUUUGCAGUCUAUGUGCUACUUGCAAUGCAGCGAUACGUAAUUUGAUCAUAGCUGAGCUCUGUAGUUUUUAAAAAAGUGAUUAAAUAUCAGUGAUAUUAUUGGGGCCUUCUUAAAGGAUUUGUUAUUGAGGUGAAAUUCACAUAGCAUAAAAUUAACCAUUUUUAAGCAAACAGUGCGGUGGCCUUUAGGACAUUGAAAAUGUUGUGCAACCACCACCUCUAUCUAGUUCCAAAAAAUGUUCCUCACCCCAGAGGAAAACCUGUGCAGUCACUCCUCGUCCUCUUCCUCCUUCGACCCCAGACAACUGCCAAUCUGCUUUCUUCCUCUAUGGACUUACUUAUUCUGGAUAUCUCAUAUAAAUGGAUUGCUUUUGUUUCUGGCUUUUACUUAGCAUGGCGUGUGCGAGGUUCAUUCACGUUGUUGUAUGUACUUCAUCUCUUUUUAUGACUGAAUAAUAGUCUACCAUAGAGCUGCAGCACGAUUUGUUUGUCUACUCAUUCAUUGAUGGACAUUUGAUUUGUUUCCAUCUUUUGGUUAUUUGUGAGUCAUCCUCCUACACAUGUGCAUAUUGGUGUAUUUGUUUGGAUCGCUGUUAUAUCAGGGUUCCAGUUUCUUCACAUCCUUAUCAACACUUGUUAUUUCCCACCCUUGAGAAACUUGUGGGAACAGUUUUAAAAAUUAUGGCCACUCUGGUGGGUGGAAGUGAAAUCUCAUUGUGCAUUUUACUUGCAUUUUCUUGAUGACUAAUAGUGUUGAGCAUCUUUUUAUGUGCUUACUGGCUGUUUGGAUAUCUUCUUUGGAGAGAAGUCUAUUCAAGUCCUUUGUCCAUUUUUUCAUAGGGUUGUCUUUUUGUUGUCAAGUUAUAAGAGUUCUUUAUAUAUACUGGAUACUAGACCCUUCUCAGAUAUAUGGUUUGCAAUAUUCUCUCCCUUUGUUUAGGUUAUAUUUUCCCUUUCUUGAUAGUACCCUCUGAUCCACAAAGGUUUUUAAUUUCAGUGAAGUCCAGUUUAUCUAUUUUUUCUUUUGUUACUCAUACUUACGGUAUCAUAUGUAAUAACCCUUUGCCAAAUCCAAAGUCAUGGACAUUUACAACUAUUUUUCCUAAGACUUUUAUGAUUUUAGAUCUUCUAUUUAGAAUGUUAAUCUAUUUUGAUGUAUAUGAUAUGAGGUUUGGGUCCAACUUAAUUUUUUUUGCAUAUGGGAUAUCAGUUGUCUCAGCACCUGUAACUGCUUUUGAACUGAAAAGGGAUGUUGAUAAUAAACAAAAAAGAAAGACAAUAUCUAAAAAAAUGAAAAUAUCUAAAAAAAAUGAUAAGGUGAAAUAUCAUGCAGUUGGCAUACACACACACACACACACACACACACAGACACAAGUAUCUCAAAUCCAUUCCAUGAAGGACACCAUAACGAGACUGAAAGAAACUAUAAAAAAAAAAAAAAAAAACAGUAAAGAAUUAACACUAGGGUAUACAAAGAACCCCUGCAAACUAAAGAGAAUAAGACAGUCAAUUAUUAAUCAUAAAAAUACAAAUAAAAUACCGUGAGAUACUGCCCUACAUCCAUCAGAUUGGUGUCAGUUAGAAAGUUGGAUACUAUGCAGCAUCAGCCAGGAAGUAGGGAAAUUUGGGAGCACUUGUGGGACCAGGAACCAAUAUGGCCAAGAUAGAAAGUAAUCUGUCAGUGAACUCAAUUGGCGUCUGCUCUGGGCUGCAGCAGGCUCCUUUCUGGGUGUGUGGCCCAGUGAUGUCAUCGCACAAGUCCACAGGAGUGUUCACUGCAACUUCAUUUAUGUUGGCAACGAGUCGGAAGCUACCUAAGUGUCCAUCUCAAUGGGAAUAGAUAAUGAAGAUGUGAGACAUACUCUGUGAUAUUAUAUAGGAGUUAGAAACUAAAGUACGAAGUAGGUCUUUAGUCUUGGAUAGCUGAUGUUGAGUUAAAAAAAUUAUGUAUAUAGUAUAGUAGUAUAUAUAUAAGUAUAUAUAAAUAUACUUCAACAACUUUUAAGUUACAGAAGUUUUACUUCUGUAAAAAUCUCUGCAGGAUAUGUUAAACAAGGAUAUACACCUAUUGUAUUUCUUCCAUUGGUGAGAAACUUUUCAUAAAUUUUGUUACCAUAUUUUAUUAAUGAACAGGUUUAUUCCGCCCCCAGUCAAAUCUAGGUUUUUCCUUAGCGAUUUUUGACACAGCUUUCAAUUCUUAGAAAGACUUUCCCAUUGAAGCCAGUAGGUCACCUAUAUUUUCUUCUAACCUAUUAUGUUUUUAACUGACUUAACUAUUCAAUCCAUCUGAAGUUUGUUUUUGUGUUGUGACAUUCAGGAGAAAUAUAAUUUUAUUUAUUUACAACCAAUUUCUCAACGUUAUUUGUAAGUAAUCUGUUUUUCCCCAGUGUUCAUGAUGAUUUUCUCAUCUUCAUUCUUCCAGGUGAACUUCAAAAUAAUUUUACAAUACUCAAAAUAAUUUUUUUUAAAGAUUUUAUUUAUUUAUUCAUGAGAGAUGCAGAGAGAGAGAGAGGCAGAGACACAGGCAGAGGGAGAAGCAGGCUCCAUGCAGGGAGCCUGAUGCAGAACUCGAUCCCGGGACUCCAGGAUCAUGCCCUGAGCUGAAGGCAGGUGCUGAACUGCUGAGCCACCCAAGGAUCCCCUCAAAAUAAUUUUUUAACUUUGAUAUUUUUUGGAGGGAUUAGUGUGACAUUAAACAUAUAAAUUUGGGAUAAAUUAAUCUAUUUACAGUGUUAGUCUUGUUUUAAAAAAAUGUGAGGAGUCUCCAUUUAUCCAAAUCCUUUUUUUUAUAUAUCUCGGUCUAUAUAUAGAUACAUAUAGACAUAGUUUUGUUUUUCUCAUUUCUACAUUUUAUUGUCAUUAUAAAAAUUGUGAGAGCAUUAUUUCCCUCACCUGGUUAUGGGUUACAUCUAAGCAAACAAAUGAAGUUUAAUACAUACUGAAGAGAAUCACUAUUUCUGUCUCCUACUACUAAACAACCCUUCUGACACGAGUUGUGUGGGCUUUUCUACACCAAAGAAUUCUCUGCUUCUCAGGGACACCGAGCAGGUGCCUUAGCAAUUUAACUCAGUUUGAAUUUACUUUUUCCUCAAUAGGAGAAGAAUUUAAUUCACUUAUAUUAUGCAAUCCUAUGCAGAACAUUUUUUUAAAUUGUGAAGGGUCUAUAAGCAGUUCCUGAAAAAGAUCAUGAAAACCAAUUAAUUGAAAAAUAAAGCUUAUAGUACAAUGUGCACAGCAUGAUGCACACAUUUAUGUGAACAAGCCUUGUAUGUGUACACGUAAAUUCAUGUAUGUGAGCCUAUGGGAAAAGGUCUAAAGACUAAGCCUUCACUGCUAACAGAGGUUAUCUCUGGGAAAGGUUUGGAGGGAAAUGGGGGUAUACUUCCAAUUUUUACUCUGUUUUCAUAUUAUUUAACAUUUCAACUAGGAAAGUCUAAUCCUGUGAUCUGCACAUAAUUUAAAGGAAGAAGAACUCUGAGAUGUGACCACAUGUGUAGUUCUUAGUGACAUGGUAUUGGAACGGAAAUAAAAUCUACAUAAACACCUUUAAAAUGUUUUAUUCUUGGC